AUGAAGAAGGAAGCGGCAUGGGUCCUGUACAAAAAGGUACCUCUGAAACUCGAAAUGACGGCCAUGCUCGCACAAUACGCCGACAUUGGCAUUGCAUGGGAUACUCAGACCAACUUUUCCAAGAUAUCCAUGUGGCUCAACGCAGCACAAUACCGGAACAUACAGCUAGUUGUACCAUCGACAGAUGAGGCAACUUCUCUGGCUGAAAUAACCGAGCUGCUCCUUAGCACCAUCACACAACUGCUGGAAUGUUGGGACAUAUUCACCAAGACCACUGACGCUAUUGAAAACUGCAAGGUGUCGGUACAAAUCGGUACACUCUUCGCCAUGAAGACACAUCCUAGCCGAAUCACAGCUCGCCCCACAGAGCGCAUUCGAAAGGCGUUGAAGAAGCUAGGAAAAUGCAUCGGCAAGAACAAAGACGUUGCAAAGUGGACAGUCACGGCUAUGGAGGAUAUCAAACCAAAGAAAGAACAGGGUAGGUGCAUGCUGAGAAAAUUGAAGAGGAGGCUCCGCGACGAUGGCUUCAGCUUUGUCAGCUUGUCGAGGGAAGCUGUACCGGCGAAAACGGAGUACUGUCAUUACAAAUACGUCAAGGCUGUGCAGCGCAGCACGCACAUUCGUUUUGAUGGAUGA